AUGUUGUCUAAUAUAUUUGGAAGUGUAUGUUCAAUUAAUUUAAAUAUAGAUGCUGAAGAAAAUAGAAAAUUUGCAUUUUUAAGAAAAGACAAAAAGGGUGAAAGAUGUCCAAUAUUUUCAGAUGGAGAAGAUAUUAAUGGAACAGCAACAAUAAGUUUAAAACCUGGUAAAAAAUUUGAACAUUAUGGGAUUAAAUUGGAAUUAAUUGGUCAAAUAAAUAUAUUAAAUGAUAAAACAAAUUCAUAUGAUUUUUUCUCAAUGUCAAAAGAUUUAGAACCUCCAGGUUUAUUAAUAGAAAGCAAACAAUUUAAAUGGAAAUUUUCAUCAGUUGAUAAACAACAUGAAUCAUAUUUUGGUGUAAAUGUACAACUUAGAUAUUUUGUUAGAUUAAAUAUCAUAAAAGGAUAUUCAGGAAAUAUACAAAAAGAAAUGGAUUUUAUUGUACAAAAUUUAUCAAUUCCACCUGAAAUAAAUAACACAAUAAAAAUGGAAGUAGGAAUAGAAGAUUGUUUACAUAUAGAAUUUGAAUAUGAUAAAUCAAAGUAUCAUUUAAAAGAUGUAGUUGUAGGAAAAGUAUAUUUUUUAUUAGUAAGAAUAAAAAUAAAACAUAUGGAACUAGAUAUUAUAAAAAUGGAAACAUCAGGUGUAGGUAAGAAUUAUACAACUGAAUCUAUUACUUUAUCAAAAUUUGAAAUAAUGGAUGGUUCUCCAACAAAAUCUGAAUGUAUACCAGUUAGAUUAUACUUAAGUGGAUUUGAUUUAACUCCUACAUAUAAAAAUAUUCAAAAUAAAUUUUCAGUAAAAUAUUAUAUUAAUCUCAUAAUUGUUGAUGAAGAAGAAAGACGAUAUUUUAAAAAACAAGAAAUUUUUCUCUGGAGAAAAAAAUUAGGAUAA